AUGCCUCUACCACCGCACACACCACGGUUCUCCCGACAUCAACACCCGUCCACCCCACCUACCACCUCCACCACCACCACCACCACCACCACCAGCAGCAGCACAGCCCCAACAGCCACCACCAGAGAGACUGUCUCUCUCACCACCCUCACCACCUCGUCUGUACCCAGCAGUCCUCACACUUCCUUCACAACCCCAUCCCGCACCACCGUCCAUGCCUCUACCACCGCACACACCACGGUUCUCCCGACACCAACACCCGUCCAGUCCACCAGCACGCUUCCUACAUCCUCAAGCCAGGAGACCUCACUGCCCACAAGUUCUCCCUCGCUGUCCACUGCUUCGGUCACGACCACCUCUCACGAGCUGACCACUCCGACAGCACCAGAGACCACCUCAUCCCCAUACACCCCCACGCCCCCUACUACCACCCUUAAGCCAACUCGCCCCCCACAUUCAGUGCCAGUCUCCACUGCCACCACCACACUGACCACCCAGGCUCCUACUUCUCUCAGCACUGCCAGGACUUCUGUCUCUGUGGUGUCAACCCCAUCCGACACAUCUCCCGAACAACCGACCACAGCCCCACCUACCACCUCCACCACCACCACCACCACCACCAGCAGCACAGCCCCAACAGCCACCACCAGAGAGACUGUCUCUCUCACCACCCUCACCACCUCGUCUGUACCCAGCAGUCCUCACACUUCCUUCACAACCCCAUCCCGCACCACCGUCCAUGCCUCUACCACCGCACACACCACGGUUCUCCCGACAUCAACACCCGUCCAGUCCACCAGCACGCUUCCUACAUCCUCAAGCCAGGAGACCUCACUGCCCACAAGUUCUCCCUCGCUGUCCACUGCUUCGGUCACGACCACCUCUCACGAGCUGACCACUCCGACAGCACCAGAGACCACCUCAUCCCUAUACACCCCCACGCCCACCAGCAGACCACUACCAGCUACAACCGUCAAGCCUACAAGCCCUCCACAAACAGCCCCACUAUUCACCGUGUCCACCACUGGGACCACGGAAGCCCACAGCUCACUCAGCACUGCCAGGACCUCUACUUCCUUCUCGACACAGUCAUGGUCUAGUUUCUCGUCUUCUGCAACGCCUGUGACAAGUCCUGUCACCAGUCAGGUUUCUGUUCCUUCUGGCCCUCCUUCCUCUACUCUCUGGCCCACUUCUUCUCUCCCCUCCUCCGUGCCCACACCACACCCGUCCACAUCUUCUGUGUCUUCUGCUGCCCUCUCUAGCUCUUCUUCCUCCGAGGCUCCUCCCUCGUGGUCAACCACCACUCUCAGCCCAGCCUCCUUGUCUCCGUUUCCCACCACUCCUCUGACUCUGUCCUGGCCUUCGUCCAUUUCAACCUGGCCAUCUUCCUCAGUUGCCUCCACUCACAUCAGUGCCUCCGUUUCGCCUCCUAAUACGCCAUCUUUUCCCUCAUCUGCUUCGCCUCUCAUCACCACUGUCCUUGUGUCUUCCACCCCAUCCCAUGUCCCCCCUUCCAGCCCUGUGGACUUCCUGUCCACACCCAGGACUACAGCCAGCACCCCGCUUUCCACUGUAUCCUCUCUGUCCACCACGUCCCAGUCUACCUCCCUCACCUCCCAAUCCCCCACACCUGGCCUCGUGUCAUCCACUUUGGGCGUGACGGCCAUCCCCAGCACUCCAGCCGGAAACUUCACCACCCUGCCUCCUGACGCCAGCCCGUCGGCCACCUCCACGCUCCUGACCAGUUCCAGUCUACUCCAGUGGGAGCUCCCCUGCUCCCACUGCAGGGUCCUUCUCCACUGGAAGCCCCUGGGUCUCCUCUGCAGUCUCAUCAGGGGUGUGCAGUGUGCGGGAGCAGCAGCAGGAGGUCACCUACAAGGGGUGCAGGGCAAACGUGACGGUGACCCGCUGUGAGGGCGCCUGUGCCUCCUCCACCAGCUUCAACUUCGAGAGCCAGCAGGUGGACACCCACUGCAGUUGCUGCCACCCAGUCAGCUCCCACAAGCAGCAGCUGGAGCUGCCCUGCCCAGACCCCAGCGCACCGGGACAGCCGCUCCUGCUCCCCCUGCAGGUGUUCACCAGCUGUGCAUGCGGCCCCUGGAGCUGCGACUAGCGCGGACCAGACUCCUCGGCCACACGGCCUCUGGCCUGCAGUGCCUCAGGAGAGCCCUCAGACACGCAUCACCUGGGGCACCUGCCAGGCCGGAUCCCCCACCAAGCAGAAUGAGGCACAAACCACCGGCCCUCCUGGGUGCACACACGCUUCCUGCUGGCCCUGUCCUCUGCCCACCCUCACUCCCAGCCUGAAGUCCGCGCAGCAGACAGAGGAGUCUCCAGCAGACCCCUGGACAUAGUAGUCAGGCUGUGAGCACCUGGGCAUGACAGGUGGGGCAAGAGGCACAGGCAGGCCCCAGAGGUACCAGAUGAGGCCUCCCCAGAGCCAUGGAGGGUGGGGGCAGCAGGACAGCAGCACCCAGCCCAGGCGGGCAGGAUGGCAGCCAGCACCUGUGGGUGAUUAAAUUCCAAUAAACUGGUUCUUGACAAGGCACAGAGGCUGACCCG